AUGGGCACUUCGCCGCUCGUUGCCCAGCGCGCCUGGUGCGCUUCGGGGGCGAGCGCUCUCUUGUCCUCUGUUUGCGCCGGUGCGCCAAUCGCUCGCCAGUGCAGUCCGUUUCAUCCGCUGUACAGGACUUUCUCUUCCGCGCCUUCUACAUACCUCCGUCAGGCAUCCAUCGCACCAUCGACAUCGCCACUCCGGUUAUCGCCUUUCCAGUUCUCCAAACCUCACCAUGUAGCUUUGAGCAUAUCGCCGGCCCCGGCCAGGCUGUUCUCCGCGUCGCGGCUUCUCCGGGAAGCUCAGCGGCAAUCAUACCGGGACGAAAUGAAGAGCAAAGGGGUCAUAGACAAGGAGGAGCAUGGAGAAGAAGACCAAGGCUUCGCAAAGUCUGAGAGGGCAAGCCAGGCCGCCAAGGUGGACCUCAGCGCGAAGCUCAGCAAGGAGGGAUCCAACCAGGGUAAACCGGGCGGCUGGAAAGAGAUCGUAAGACUUAUCAAGAUUGCUCGACCGGAAGCUAAGACACUGUCGUGGGCAUUCGUUUUCCUCCUGAUCUCCUCCGCUGUCUCCAUGUCUAUUCCCUUUUCAAUUGGCAAGAUCCUGGACAUUGCAACUCAGGCGGACAAAAAAGACACACUCUUCGGCAUGGAUGUGACUACGUUCUACUUGGCUUUGGGAGGCAUUCUUUUCGUCGGAGCAGGUGCCAACUACGGACGUAUCAUUAUCCUUCGUAUUGUCGGUGAGAGAAUUGUUGCUCGUCUUCGCUCCCAGUUGUACAGGAAUACCUUCAUUCAGAAUGCGGAAUUCUUCGAUGCCAACAGGGUUGGUGAUCUGAUCUCGCGUUUGGGAUCGGACACCAUCAUUGUGGGUAAGAGUAUCACGCAGAAUCUUUCGGACGGUCUAAGGUCAUUUGUGAGCGGCGUUGCUGGCCUCGGUAUGAUGGGUUACGUGUCCUUGAAACUCACUGCAGUUCUCGGUAUCAUGUUCCCGCCGGUGGCCGUCGCGGCUUUCCUCUUCGGUCGCUACAUGCGCAACAUCAGUCGCAAGAUCCAAAGAAACCUUGGUACUUUGACCAAGAUUGCGGAGGAGCGUCUCGGUAAUGUUCGGACCUCGCAAGCGUUUGCGGGCGAGAUCCAGGAGGUCGGGCGCUACAACCGUCAAGUUAAAAGGAUUUUCGAGUUGGGCAAAAGGGAAGCUUUGGUGGCAGCCACCUUCUUUGGCAGUACCGGCCUGAUGGGUAACAUGACUGUACUGGCGGUCCUCUACGUUGGUGGCGGCAUGGUCAAGUCUGGGACUAUCAGUAUCGGCGAACUGUCAUCCUUCCUGAUGUACACCGCUUAUGCUGGGUCCAGUAUGUUUGGCUUGUCUGGGUUUUACUCUGAGUUGAUGAAGGGCGUCGGCGCAGCCAGUCGACUUUUCGAGCUGCAAGACCGACACCCGACGAUAUCGCCGACUGUUGGCGAGCCCGUCAUAUCAGCUCGUGGACGCAUCAAGUUCGAUAAAGUUACCUUCAGCUACCCCACACGGCCUGCAGUCUCCAUUUUCAAAGACCUGUCGUUUGAUAUUCCUGAAGGAACGAAUGUGGCUAUCGUGGCACCCAGCGGAGCAGGCAAGUCCACUGUAGCCAGCCUGCUGCUCAGGUUCUACACGCCAAACGAGGGCACAAUCACCAUCAACGGACGGGACACGAUCAACAUGAAUGCGAAGCAGCUGAGACGCAAAAUCGGCUUCGUUGGCCAAGAGCCCGUGCUGUUUUCCGGUACAAUUGCAGAGAAUAUUGCGUAUGGCAAGCCCCAAGCUACACGCGCUGAGAUUAUCGCCGCGGCAAGGAAGGCCAACUGCCAGUUCAUCAGUGAUUUCCCCGAUGGUCUCGAAACUCAUGUCGGUGCCCGCGGCACACAGCUUUCUGGCGGCCAAAAGCAGCGUAUUGCAAUUGCGCGGGCAUUGCUCAAGAAACCGGACAUUCUCAUCUUGGACGAAGCUACCAGCGCUUUGGAUGCAGAGUCCGAAACACUUGUCAACCAGGCAUUGGGUUCAUUGCUUCGCGAGAACAACACUACCAUCAGCAUCGCCCACCGUCUGUCGACGAUCAAGCGCUCCGAUCGUAUCAUCUGCAUCGGCGCUGACGGCCGGGUGGCCGAAGAAGGCACGUACAAGGAGCUUUCGAGCAGGCCCGACGGAGCAUUCGCCAAGCUUAUGGAAUGGCAAAUGUCCGGGGGCGAGAGCACCGCUAGCCCCCGCAAGACGUUUGCACCCGAGCCUACGGAAAGCGAGGAGAUCGAACUGGAGCUGGAAGAGGCCGAGGCGCAGGGCGAGGAUGCGGUAGAUCAAGAAGGGACCAAGGUUAGAAAGGGCGACAAGACGGCCGCAGAGGCCGCUCUAGAACGCACCAAAACGCAAGAUCGGUGA